UUGCGCAUGGUUUCCUAUCCCGACCAAGGCGCAGAGCGCUCUGUCGCCAUCCGUCGCCCUCCUUCCGUUACCUCCCAUUCCUCUCGCGCCUCUACAGUCCGGAGACACCGCCCGCACCGUUCGCAUUUCGGAGGCAGCUCAUAUCAACCUCAGAAUGAAUUCCCAGUCUUCACCCACACCGGCGAUGUCGAGAUCAUCAUCGCAAAUGGGCGCAAAGAGCAGAGAUAUCUGUUGCACAAGUUGAUCAUGACCCAAUGUUCUGGCUUCUUCGAGGCGGGGUUGAGCGACGAGUGGGCGAAUGCUGGUGAAGGAGGCUCAGCCCUCGCACGAGUUCCACCGGGUGCGCCGCAACCCCAAGAGAAGAAGAGGUGGAAAUAUGAGCUAGAUUGGGGCAGAGACGAUGAUAUACCCAUGCUGGUACAAAAGAGGACGCAAGCGUCAAUGUUUGGAGGGGAUGCGUUACAACAAUCUCCUCAGCAACCACCACCACCUCGUAAUAAACCACCUACUCCACAAGCAGGCUUCUUUCGCAGUAUGGCCAAUUUCUCUUCGCUCCAUAUUCCCGCUCCCCAAAACGACCCCGAUGACGACACAUUCCGCGACUACGACAAUCUGUUUCGGGUUUUCUACAACUAUCCCCCAGCCUUGGACCCCAUCAAUAUCGCCAAUGCCUACGUCGAAUGCAAAUCGUUGUUGCAAAUCGCCGACAUGUACGAUGCCCUCGAAGUCAUCGGCCCACGCGUCGACCACCAUCUCUUGCGAUUUCAAGGGAGAUUAUGGAAACAGAUUGCCAAAUAUCCUCCCAGCUAUCUGAAACUAGGCUAUAUGGCGCGGAGCAAAGCUAUUUUCUCGGAAGCUAUGGUGCACGUGGUCGGACAAUGGCCACAGGGCACGAACCAACUACGCGGUUUAGUACCAGAGCCAGUGCUGGAAUUGAUCGAUGACAAAGUGGACGAGCUGGACGAGCUCAAGGCGAAAGUGGAGGUCAAACUCUUUCGAUUAACCCUCACCACGAGCCGAGGAGAGCGCGUGACGCCAUCUAACAAUUGGCUUGAGUGGAUGGCCGUGUCGCUUUUCCGCCAAUGGCUCGCAGAGAACACAACACCGCCGCCCAUACCCAUCCUAAAAUCCCCUCGCCAGCCUUCAUCUCGCAAUGGGGAGGCUGCACCUCCGCCACCACCUCCUCCCUUCAACACCGGCCGCAUCUUCCGCCUCCUUGGCCAAGGAGGCUCGACGUACCUGGGCCAUGACGAGUGCAAGCGCUUCUUGAAGUUGAGCCCGGAGCACUAUAAUCGCGAAAACUUGAAGCGGUUCGAACGGCGCGUCGAAGAAAUUAAGAACAAGGCCAAGGACCUUGUCAAGCCGCUAAUGCGGAAUUUCUUGGAACUGGAUUUGAGAGAGGGCGGGUUACCUUAUCUGACGUGCACCAAGAUUGACGUGGAAGAAUUCCCUUGGGAUGAUAUAUAAUGCUGUUUUCUGGAUUCUCGACUUGUUCGGCGUUGAGGGAUGAGAUUUGAUCGAGGCGGAGUAUUUUGCUUAUAGUGUGGUUUGGUUUGUUUUUUGUCUUUCCCCCCCCCCCCUGAUACCCUACGACGCAGUUUCUUUUUUUCUUGGAUGUUAUCUUGUUGGUUGGCUGGGUGGAUGGGUGCACGAUGUUUGAUGACUUUUGUCCGCCGGAUGAAUUUUCGUCCUUGAGACAAGCAGCAGGCCAAGGCGAAUGUUCUAUCGAGGACUGACGAGCUGGGAAUCUGGUGCACGAUGAUGUUGUGUGAGUCAAAAUCUCGACGCUUUUAUAGU